GGCGGCAACGUUAUUUGACCAACAUAGAGAACUUGUACAAUUGGGCUUCCAUAGCCAUGCUGAUGGUUCUGGUUUACAUCACCAUGGAUGCUCAUGGCCUGCAGGACAUGCCAGUCAUGCUUUCCCUGUUGAUACUCUUCCGGUGGAUCCAGCUCACAUGGAGUUGCAGAGCCUUUGGCUUGGUGGGGGAAAAGAUCUUGCCAAUCAUGCAAGCAUCCUUCUCGGCGCACAUCAAAGGGAUCUUGGUGGUAACGUUUUGUAUCUUGCUCGGCUUUCUGCACGGUGCAAUGGCUCUUGAACUUGGGAAUGACCUUCCUCAACAUUACGCAGUUGUGCUCGGAUCUCUCAAGCUACUGCUAUUGGGAGAUGGAGAUGGAAUUGAUGUGACGCUUGGGCUAGGGAAUGCUGAGGAGGGGAAUCCGAUCACUUUCCUCUUCCUGUUCGCUGCCAUGGUUGUUUUCUGCGUUUGUGUUCUGAACCUGUUCAUUGCCGUCCAUGGCGAGGCAUAUGACAGCGCCCAAGAGAAGGCCUUCACGACCUUUUUGCAGGAAAGGGCUGGAAUCUGCCUUCACUGCCUGUUGAGACCCUCUUGGCCGCCACGCUGCUGCCAAUACUGGCGCGUGCAGCACCGUAUUUCAGUUUACAUUUGCUUGCAGAUUUUCGUCUUGGCAGCAUGGGCGCUACUCCUAAGAGAAGAAUCCAUCAAUGUUCUGGCACCAACAGCACUGCUUGGAGCAUCCGCAAUGCUGGGCGACGCCAUUCUUGUUCAGCGUCCUUGGAACAAGACAAGUGGGGACAAAUACUAUUUGUGGAUGUGCUACAAGGAGAGCUUUGAUACUGCAGCACAAAAUGCUGAGAGAGAUGCAGGUGAAGGGAGCAUGGAUGGUCGGAUUUCACGCUUGAAGCGGGACAGUACGCAGCUCUACAAGCAGCUGUCCACGGAGAUCAAUUCAAUGUCCAAACAGCUUGGCGAGCAGUACCAGACUCUGAGCCAGAAGGUCCAGGGAAUGGAGAGCCGCCUUCAAGGCCUUGAGAACCACAUGGAGGAAAUGGUCCAGAACCUCGAGUACAUCGUCUCCGUACAAACAAGAACACAAGGCAGCUCACCUUGUUUAGAAUGAGCGAUAGUGAGACAAAGAGCUCAGCUUGGCCUCUGCGAGAACUUUCAGGCUGUGUCCAAGACACGGUCGAAAACGCCGUGUGCAUUUGCAGAGAGAAA